AUGCUGCUUCCCAAGAUUCUUGCCAUCGGACGUGUCUUCUUAGACACGCCCAAAUAUGCGGUUUUUAAAACCAAAUUUGACAUCAGCUUUUAUACGCCCGUAAGCAAGGAGCUGUUGAUGACAGACCUCAAGGCCCGUUUCCAGGACAUUUCUGCCAUCUGGGUGGCCCAUGGCGGUCUUGUAUGCACUACAGGCAACAUUAUCAUGGAUUCCUCGGUUAUUUCGUGUUUUCCAGCGAGCCUCAGGGUCAUUGCCUUGCUGUCUGUUGGUUUCGACCGCUACGACAUUCCCCAGCUCCAGAAGCGCGGGGUGAUUGUAACAAACACGCCAGCGAUUGCGUCAGACCUGGUUGCCGAUACCGCAUUGUUGCUUGCACUCAACGCCUUUCGCCUUUACCCCAUCUUUGAGCGUGCCGUGCGGGAGAGCGGCGACACGGUUAUGUCGCGUAUCAACGUCUCUGGCGAUGCUUUCAGUAACGGAUACCCUGAAAAGCCACGCGUCCCAGAGCCCUUCCAGUUGGGCGAUUAUGUGGGCGGAAUGAACGUGUAUACGCCCAAGGGCCGUACUGUCGGGAUUGUGGGUCUUGGUGCCGUCGGUGCUGCUUUAGCUCGCAGAUUAGAUGCCAUUGGGAUGAAGAUCCGCUAUACCAAGAGAAGUAAGACCGAUAAAAUAUUUCCCUUCCCAUUGACCUUUCACGAGAGUUUUGAGGAUAUGGUCCCCCACUGCGACUUGCUUGCGUUCUGCUGUCCGCUCUCACCUGAAACGCGCCACAUGUUGAACAAUGAAUCGUUAAAGUUAUGCAAAAGAGGCGUCAGAGUUGUAAACGUGGGUAGAGGUGCUUGUAUCAACGAAGAUGAUUUGGUCGAGGGGUUAGAGUCUGGCCAGGUGGGAUAUGCCGGGUUGGACGUGUAUGAGUUUGAGCCGCGGAUCCAUCCAGGGUUACUCAGUCGGUGGAACGUGUGUUUGUUGCCCCACGUCGGAAAUGCCACCGUGAACAACCGUAUGAUCAGCGCGAUCAACUGUAUGGAGAAUAUCGAGGAUGUGAUGAGUGGGGGACGUGGGCUUACCGUGGUGAAAUAG